UAUACAACGGUUGUUUCUGCAACUUCCAAAACGGACGACAUUUUUCAUCCGGAAAUGGAACCUCUGUGCCGCAACCUGGAUCUCAAACCAACCCAUUGCUCACCAAUCUCAACCAAAUUUAUGAAACCCACUUCACUACCCCGCCAUUCUCAUCGGCUUUCGGGCUUAAAUCGCCCGAGAAGUAAGAACCGGAGUGUGUUAAUGGUGCCAUGUGCUUGGUACAAACCAGAGGCAGAGUCCGAGACGCAACGUCUCAGUAGCCAAGAACUGAUGAGGUCAUUGGGAAAAGGGCUUUUUGGGUUUGCCGCCGCAACCGCUGCUUUUGCUUCUGUCUGCUGUGAUUCCCCGGCUCUCGCCGAGUCUCUCACCGUUGCUUUUCCUGCUUCACGAGCUCAAGAGGUGAAUACAGUUCAAAGAACACUUGUGGAGACUUGGGGUUUGAUUCGGGAAACAUUCGUAGACCCAACAUAUAAUCAUCAAGAUUGGGAUUCAAAGCUGCAGCAAACCAUGGUGGAAAUGUUUCCCCUUAGAUCAGCUGAUGCGGCAUAUAAGAAAAUAAGUGGAAUGCUUUCUACUCUUGGAGAUCCAUUUACUCGGAUUAUCAGUCCAAAGGAAUAUGAAAGUUUCAGAAUUGGAAGUGAUGGAAAUUUGCAAGGAGUCGGCCUUUUCAUAACUGCCGAACCAAAAACGGGCCAUUUGGUUGUUUUGUCUUGUGUGCAAGGUAGCCCAGCUGCUCGUGCUGGCAUACAUGAAGGAGAUGAGUUGAUUGAGAUUAAUGGGGAGAGGGUUGAUGGCAUUGAUGGCGAAGCAGCUGCACAGAAGCUUAGAGGCCGUGCUGGAACAGCUGUUACAGUAAAAGUCCAAAGUAGCGAAGCUUCAGGAAGUGAUUAUAGUAUCAGAGAGGUCAAAGUACCUCGGGAGUACAUUAAGCUUUCUCCCUUAUCGAGUGCCAUCAUCCCUCAUAGAACUGCAGAUGGCCAUCUGACAAAAACUGGUUACGUUAAGCUGUCAGCUUUCUCUCAGACUGCUGCUGCUGAUAUGGAACAUGCAAUUCAUGAAAUGGAAAGUCAGGAUGUGCAGGCAUAUAUACUUGAUCUGCGGAAUAAUCCAGGGGGGCUGGUAAAAGCAGGACUUGAUGUUGCCCAAAUAUGGCUAGAUGGGGAUGAGACUCUUGUGAACACAAUUGAUCGGGAUGGAAAUAUGUCACCCAUAAACAUGAUCAAUGGGCAUGCCAUAACUCGCGAUCCACUUGUUGUGCUUGUCAAUGAGGGAAGUGCAAGCGCAAGUGAGAUUUUGGCAGGAGCACUACACGACAAUGGCAGGGCUAUACUUGUUGGGAACAAAACCUUUGGGAAAGGAAAAAUUCAGAGUGUCACAGAGCUCCAUGACGGGUCGGCUCUCUUUGUAACGGUUGCAAAGUAUCUAUCGCCGGCACUCCAUGACAUAGACCAGGUUGGUAUAAUACCUGAUGUGCAGUGCACAGCCACAGCAGACAUGCUGAAUUCUCCUAAAGAUUGGUUGUUAAAGGAGAAGAGCUCAGUUUCAUCUCUGGAAGCGGAUUCCUGUAUCAUGGUAGCAGAGCAUGAAUUGGACGUUCAACAGUCCAAAGGGACUGCCUCCUGAAAGAUGGAUAGCUUUGUGCCCUAGAAAAAUGGAUGUAUAUAUGCUUAGCAAGAAUAUAUAUGUACACACACACAAGAAUAUUGUAAUUUAAUUAUAUUGCAAGUAAAUGAAUAUAAUUAUACAACUGGUUUGCCAA